UUCAACUACAAACAAAAUAAUGUUUACUACAAUCAUCUGCAGACAAAAUCCUACCAGAAACACACUUUGAAAUCUGAUUUCGUAAAAGUCGGGUGCCAACUUCACAGAGGUCUAUUACUGCCGCUGACUGCCGCUACUGGCAAUACUGGCAAGUGGCAGACACCUCUGACUAUAUAUAUAUAUCUUCUUCCUUUGAUUUAGUACGCGUCCCUUGGAACUAGUCAAGGCGGGGACGAUUUGGUCAUUAAACCUAAGCAAUUAUUCGAGCUUUUCGGGCUCAGAACGACGAUAGUCGGCCCGGCGGCCGAUCGUGAUGCAAUCAACAGAUACAAAAAUAUAAGUAACGACCCCAAACGGUUUGACCGGGUUUGACGUUUGACUGGGUGUGAUUAUAUAUCAAAGGCAGCAGAACAGACACUAGUAGACAAGUAGAUAGUAGAUGUAUUGGGCACGUUCGGCGUACUUAACACGUUGAGGAGGUAUUCUUCUUUUAGAUCAUCCAAUCAGAUCUUAGAAUCUAGAAGAAUACACCAAUAACAGCGAGCGCUCACUCAAUUAUUGAGUCUGCUGCAUGCUGAACGCACCCAUUGACAAGUAGUAUGGCGCCCAGUGAUACUGCUGGCAAAUAUUAAUCAUCUGCGAGAGAAAAAGAAUCACAGUGAAACAAAAACUGAAUGAGUACCACGUAAAAAAACACACAAAAAAAAUACAAUUUAGUUUGCACUUAUCCACUGACCCGCAUCGAUCGUGUCAUCUUGCGAGGAAGAAUUAUUCUUAUCAUAGAUACGAAUAUGUCAGUGAACACGUAGCACUCGUCACUUACGUGGCAAUAAUUGUCACCGAGAUAUUCAAUUGUCGUGGUCAACAAGAUGAUAAGUAGUUAACAACUUAUAGGAAUGCACGAAAAAAAAAAGAAAUUACAAACCAUGCGUGCUUUAAUACUUGUGGGUGGUUAUGGAACAAGAUUGCGACCUCUUACUUUAAGUCGGCCUAAGCCACUUGUCGAAUUUGCAAAUAAACCAAUGCUCCUACAUCAGAUCGAAGCAUUGGUACAGACAAAUGUAACUCAAGUUAUAUUGGCUGUUUCUUAUCGGGCGCAACAGAUGGAAGAAGAGUUGGUUCAUGAAGCAAAGAAACUGGGAGUACAACUUAUCUUUUCUCAUGAACCAGAACCAUUGGGUACUGCUGGACCACUUGCGCUCGCGCGUGAAUAUCUAUGUGCCAGUGAUGAUCCAUUCUUUGUUUUGAACUCUGAUAUCAUUUGCGAUUUUCCUUUUAAACAACUCCUCGAAUUCCAUGAGAAUCAUGGUAAAGAAGGAACUAUAGUUGUCACUAAAGUAGAAGAGCCUUCAAAAUAUGGUGUGGUUGUAUAUAAAGAAGAUGGAAAGAUUGAGAGCUUUGUUGAAAAACCACAAGAAUUUAUAUCUAAUAAAAUUAAUGCAGGUAUGUACAUUCUUAAUCCAAGUGUAUUAAACAGAAUAGAAUUGAAACCUACGAGUAUCGAAAAAGAAGUUUUUCCAAAUAUGGCUCAAGAUGGAGAAUUGUACGCUAUGGAAUUGCCAGGUUUCUGGAUGGAUGUGGGACAACCUAAAGAUUUUCUUACAGGAAUGUCUAUGUAUCUUGCCUCAUUAAGGCAAAAACAUCCUGAGCAGCUUCAUUCUGGGCCUGGUAUAGUGGGCAACGUCUUAAUAGAUCCAACGGCUACAAUUGGCAAGGAUUGUAGAAUCGGACCCAAUGUCACAAUUGGUCCUGGUGCCACUUUAGCUGAUGGAUGUUGUAUUAAACGAAGCACUAUUCUUAAGGCAGCUGUGAUAAAGGAACAUGCUUGGUUAGAUGGAUGUAUCGUUGGAUGGAGAAGCGUUGUAGGACGAUGGGUGCGAAUGGAAGGUACAACUGUAUUAGGAGAAGACGUUAUCGUCAAAGAUGAAUUAUAUAUCAAUGGCGGACAGGUUUUGCCACACAAGAGCAUCUCCACUUCUGUACCGGAACCACAGAUUAUUAUGUGACCAAAAAUCAUAAUCUGAGUUAGUGAAUCGACGACAAUCGACUGAAACAAUAUAUAUAUUUUUUUUUACUCAUCUUUAUUGUUUUUAUAUAAAAUGCAUCUUCGAGAUAUCUUUGUAUUAAAAUAUUAAAAUUAAAAGAUAAUAAUUUUGCUCCAUAAAUGAUUACUGUAGUCUUGUCUUUCGACAAACAAUUGCUUUAUAUAAGACUUCAAAAUUUAACGUUGCAAAAAUACAAUCAAUAAUAUCAUUUAAA